CUGACUAAGAUGGCUUCCAGGCGCAGAUGAGGAGUGAGGAUUAUCCCGCAGUUCUCGCCGUGUUUACAGGGAUGUAGGAGGGCAGACUCGCUGCUGGACGCGGUUACAGGCCUGAGAUUUAACCAUGCUGAAGUGGUUUUCCACUGAUGAGGCUGGCUCAGCCCAGGGGGCCCCUGGCUCCCCCCAGGCUGAUGCUGGCAGCCCCCCACUCUCCGAGGUGACGGAGCGGUUGGCUCAGAUGGAGCAGCUGGUGGCGCAGCUGAAGGAGAUGAUCAGAGAGAAGGAUGCAGCUCUUCACUCUAAAGACGAGCAGCUGAAGGCUGAGAAGGAUUCAUGUGAGGCCAAGCUGUCUAAGAUGCGGCUCCAGAACAAGGCGAAGGUCACAUCACUCAACGCUCAGCUGGAGGACCUGAGGAAACAGCAGGGGGAGCCAGCGAGCAAGGGCACGCCGCCACAGUUCAGACGGAGCGGCAGUGGAGAGGCGGGAGAGUCUGAGAGUGGGGCGAGUAGAGGAAAAAUCCUCCGGUUGAAGAAGAAAGUGGAGGAGCUGGAGCAGCAGCUACACCACAGAGAGAAGGAGCUACAGCUGAAGGUGCAGGAGCUAGAAGCCCAGAGAGAGCGAGGUGUGGAGAUGGACAGCAUGCUGGUGGAGAAAGAUAAGCGUCUGGCUGAGAAGGAGGCUUAUAUCGUUCACCUGCAGAUGGGCGUGUCUGGAGAACAUCCGGCAAAAGCAGAGCAGCUUCUUCAGGACAGCAAGGAGCAGGCAGUGGACGGAUCACUGCAGGAGCUGCAGAUGCUGGUUCAGAGCCUGACGAAGAAAGUAGGAGAUGGAGAGGAGAGAUACAGUCUGCUGCAGGAGCAGAACGACAGCCUGAAAGAGCUGCUGGUGUCUGAGAAGGCUCAGUUUGAGGAGAAGGAGAACAUGUAUAAACAGAAUAUCCAGACAUUCAAAGACAUCAUUAUGCAAAAAGACAACAAACUGAUGGAGAUUAAUCAGAUGCACGAGCAGGAGCUCUUUAAGUUUGCAGCGAAGUCAGACGCCAGCGCUGAUCUGGAACAGCUCCUGAAGGCUCUUAAGCAGAAGCUGCAUGAGAAGGAGGAGGUUCUGCUGGGAAAAGCUCAGGUGAUCGAUGUACUGCAGGGAGAGGUGGACAGCAGAGACCAGCAGAUAAAGGAGCUGGCGGAGCGAAUGCGGCUCCUGCAGAGCGAGAAGGAGAACCUGCACUCUAAGAUGGAGGCGGAGAGGCACAUCAUGCGCACUCAGGUUCGAGACCUGAUGGAGAAACACCAGGCGGAGCUGAGGAGGACGGUGGAGAAACACGAGAGCGAGAUGUCGGAGAAGGAGCAGGUCCUGCGGGCUCAGCUGGAGGUCAUGAGUAAAUCCUCCACUCAGCCUGCAGCACCUGGAGGCUCACCUGAAGAACCACCUGCUGACCAAUCACUGACCCAGAGACUGACUGAGCUGGAGGCACAAGCUAAGCUAAAAUCUGAUGAGGCCAGUAAAUCGGAAGCCAAGUUUCUGAAGAUGAAGGCGUGGUCCAAGAAUCGCACCAGACAGCUCGAGGAGGAGCUGAAGAAAGCCCAGUCUGGCAGUCUGACCCCUGACGUGACGGCUCUGCGCGGCCGGGUUAAUGAUCUGGAGGAGGAGAGGGAGGAGAUGCUGUGUAAACUGGAACAGUAUGAAGAGCUGAAGGCUAAAAACGAUGUUCUGGAGACUAAGCUGGUGGUGUAUGAAGAGCAGCAGAGGAAGCUGCAGGCUGAUCUGGAGCAGGUCACUAAGAUAGCUGCAUCACAGGCGAGUGAGUCCGGCAGUGUGGACGAUGCUCAGAGUCAGGUGCUGGAGUGGCAGGACAUGGUUAGCAUGGUAGCGGAGGCUGAGGCGGCUCGGGACCAGGCUCGGGAGGAGAAGAGCGCUCUGGUGCUGCGGAUGAGCCACAUUGAGGAGGAGAGAGAGGCACUAGCCAAUAGGCAGCAGGAGUUGGAGGAGGAGGAGGAGCUUGCUCAGGCCAGAGGGCUCCGCUCACAGAAGGGCAAGAAGCUCGGAGACUCCGCCCCCCGCAGCCUACAGGAGGACUUCGACUUUGACCCGAGGUCGUCUUUCCAGGACCACCGAAGCCCCUCCGGUAGCACCACACCCAUGGAAGGGGAGAAUAUGGGAGGUUGGUGGCCCGAGUACAGUGCCAGUGCCCCAGAUACAGGCGGUUUGCGUUCAGUUGUGGAAGAACUGGAGCUGGAGAGGAAUCAGCUGCAGGAGCAGAUCCUCAGUUUGGAGGAACGCUGCCAGGAUCUAGAGGACCGUCUGCAGCUGCAGGCCCGUAUAGAGUCCCUGCAGAAUGAGACUGAGAGGCUGCAGGCUCAGCUGUCCAGUCUGCGGACUCAGCAGAGCCGAGAUGCUGAGAAGCACCAGCUCCUCGUCACCAGUUUAAAUGAACAGCUGAAGGGGCUGAGCAGCACACAGGAGUGUCUGGAGUCUUCACUGCUGGAGAAAGAGCAGACCCUCGCCAAAACCUCCGAGAAGCUGGAGCUCAUCGACAGUCUGAAGGAGGCUCUGAGAGAGAAGGAGGAGCAGCACAAAGACGUUUCUGACAGACUGAUCCAGACUGAACAUAACCUGUCUGAGGCGACCAAGAAGUGCAGCGUGUUUGAAAAGCAGUGUUCAGAAAUGAAAGCAACUGUUUCUGAAUUAACACAGAAGCUAGGUUUGCUGAAGGAUAAGAUGCAGAAGCAAGAAGCCACAAUCGAAUCUCUACAGAGCGACUUGGAUCAAACCAACGAUGAGCUGGACAAACUGAACUCCACACAUUUAGAAGAACGAGCACAGCUGAUCCAUGAUCUCCAGAGCUGUGAGCGAGAGAUCGACACCCUCAAAGACAUCAUCACAGACAAGGACAAGGAGAUUUCUGCUCUUUCUGGCAACAUGGCAGAGUAUGCUGAUCAGAUCCAUGAGCUGAAACAGGACAUCAAGCAGAAAGAGGAGGAGCUCGUUCGCACCGAGAGCGCCCUGACCAGAGCGGAGCAGGAAGCUCAGAUCAUUAGAGAAUCGCAGUCGUCUGACCAGCAGUCGCUGAACUCAAAGGUAGCUGAGGUGAUUGAGCAGCUGAGGGUCACUGAGAAUGAUCUUAAUGAGGCCAGAAAAGAGGGAGAAUCAAAGGUGGAUGAAAUUAAGGACCUGAUGAAGCAAGUGGAGGAGGACAAGUCCACCAUAAAAGAUCUUCGCUCGGAAAUACAGAAGCUAAACACAAGCCAGCGUAACCACCUCUCUGAAUGCGAAACUCAAAUUUCCUCAUUAAAGGAGCAAGUACUCAUAGCAACACAGAAACUGCAGGAGUCUGAAGAUCUUCUUGCACAGCUGAAAGACAGCAAAAGUUCAAACGAGGAGCUUAAAGAACAGAUAAAGGACAGGGACCAGAGGUACGAACAAGAGUUGAAGUCUCUCAAAGAGGAGCGGAACAAGCUCCUGGCAGAGGUCUCGAAAUAUAGCAGUGAGCUUCAAUCUCUAUCCAGUCAACUUCAGGCACAGGUUGAAUGCCAGGAACAGGUUAAAAAAGAGGUUCAGGAGAAGCUGGAGAUGAUAUCAGCUUUGGAACAGAGGCUAAAGGACUUUGAAGGAAUAAAGCAGACACUAAAUGUAGAACUUCAGACCAGGGAGGAGUGUAAACUAAAACUGGAACAAGAGCUGUGUCUCAAAACAGAAAGCAUUUCUGAGUUAGAGCAUCGUUUGCAAUCACUGAAUAACGAAAGCACAAGUCUUCAGGAAGCUCUAGAUGAACGCUCUGAUCAGCUAAAGACUCAAAAACAGCUUUUGCUUGAAGUUCAGGAAAGAUUUGAUGUCCUACAAAGUGAGAAUAGCAGUUUGCAGUCUCAGGUGAAAAGUCUCACUGAUAAGAAUCAAGAAUUUAUACAGGAAAUAGAGCAACUGACUAAAGAUAAGGAUGAGCUAAACAAUAGAGCAUCUGAGCUCAAUAGUGUCAUUGAGCAGAACAAGAAUAGUCUUUCUGAAAGCCUCUUAGAGAAGACUAAAGAGUGUACCGAUCUCAGAAAGCAGCUUGAGGAGAGCGAAGGAACAGUCACACAUUUACAAAACCAAACCCAAGCCUUAGACACUCAGGUUGACCAACUACAAUGUAGAAUUUCAGAAAAAGAAAAAGUUGUAGCUGAGCAAACCACACAAAUAGAGGCUCAGCAGGGCCAGGUUAUGCAACUUCAGGAGACUCUGACUCUUCUUCAGGAGCAAGGAACUGCUCUGAAGUCAGGACUUAUGGAGAAGGAUGCACUAAUGCAAGACCAGGUUUCCCAGUUCUCAUCAUUACAGAGUGAACUCACCCAGCAAAAAGAACUUUUCUCCAAACUUCAAGAAGAGUGUCAAUCCCUUCGAGAAGAGUGUAGACAACUUGGUGAAAGCCUUCAAGAAAAAGAAACAGCCCUUUCUGGCCAGACCCGUGAGAGCCAGAUGCACCUGGAUGAAGUCAACAAGAAGAAUGAGAGUGUUGCCUCCCUUAACGAACAGUUGGAGAAGAUCACUGGUCUCAAGCUGAGCCUGGAGACCGAAAACACUGAGAUGAAAAAGUCUCUGGAAGAUUUGAUGAGCAAUAACCACAAGCUUGCAGAUGAAAUGACUCAUAGACAAGCUGAUCUUGUUGGCCUUCAUAACCACAUUCAGGCACUAACCGGGCAGAACCAGCAGAUUCGAGCGAUGUACAAAAUCAAAGAGAAAGAACUAGAAGAUGUGAAACAGGUAGUGUUGGAAAUGGACAAAAAGGGGGCAUCUACUCUAGAAAGUAAUGAAAACCUUGCGUCUCAAGUCUCUACCCUCACUGAGCAAAACGGUCUACUUCAGAAAGAAAAGGCUGACUUGGUCCAAUCGCUUUCUGAUUUAUCUGAAGAAAAGGGCUCGUUACUGGAGAAAAUCUCUGGGUUUGAGUUGCAGCAUAUGGAGAACCGCAAAAUUAUUGAAGGCAUGCUCAAAGAUAAAGAAGGGCUGUCCAAGAGGUUGGAAGAGCUUAGCAAGCUUAGCGAGCAGAAUCAGCAGUCUUUAAUAGAAAAGACUAAUGAAUGUGCAUCUCUCUUGAACCAGCAAAAAGAAAGUGAGGAUGCAGUCAGACUUCUUAAAGAACAGGUUGAAAAGACUAGUUCCCAGUUUAAAGACUGUGUGACCGAGAAAGACAACUUAAUUUCAGAUCAGGGCAAACAAAUCGAGGGUUAUAAGAGCCAGCUUACUCAGCUACAGGAAACUCUUUCACUACUUCAGGAGCAAGGUAGUGCUCUCAAAUCAGGGCUUAUGGAGAAAGAUAAUGCUCUCCAAGAGCAGUCAAAGGAGUGCACUUCCUUGCAAGGUGAACUUGGGCAUCAGAAAGAGCUUUACACAAACCUUCAAGCUGAGAAUGAGACUCUGAAGGGAGAAUGUUUGAGAUUGCUGGAGGUUUUGAAGGAGAAAGACGUUGCCCUAGAAGAGAAGGCCCAAGAAUGCCACAAUCACACUGAAGAGCUUAACAAGAGAAAUGAGUCAGUUGUCUCGCUUAGUAGUCAAUUGGGCGCUACAAAUGAAACCAUUGCCAGGCUUGAGUCAGAUCUUGCACAGCUCAAAGGUUCCUUAGAUAAUCAUUUGGCAGAAAAUGCUACACUAAAGGAGGAACUUGCAUCAAAACUUAGUGAAAUAGUCGAUCUUCACAAUAACGUUAAGGCGCUGAAUGAAACCAAUGGCAAAAUUAAAGCUGAACUUCAAAAAUCAGAAACUGAUGCAUCCAAAAGCCUGCAAGAAGUGGCUGCUCUUCAGAGUGAGCUCUCCAACAAGGACUCACGCCUAGCAUCUUUAGCAGAGCAGUUAGCAACAGAGACUUCAAAAUCUGAGAGCUUUCAGCUUGAGUUGCAGCAAAGAGAGGAAUCCUUCAGGCAACAGGAGACGUUCUUGAAGCAGUUGCAGGUCAGAUCUGUCGAGGGUGAAGAUCAGAUCAGCCAGAAAAUGGAAGCGAUUGCUGAGCUACAGAAAGAAACCCAAAGCUUACAGAAGGCACUGCAGGAGAAAGAUUUGUUGAUGCUCAAGAAAGAACAAGAGAUCACCAUGUUAAAUGAGAAGAUUGCAACAGAGUCAGAGGCGUUUGAAGCUCGGAUAAACUCUGAUAUGGAGGUCAUCUCGAAAAUGCAGGAAGCAAUGCAGGUUUUGCUUGAGAAGAAUGACUCUCUUACUGGUUCUAUAGCUGAGAAGGAUACUUUACUGAAGCAAGAAGGUGACAAGUUUCUGAGCAUGAAGGCUAGUGCAGAAAAGCUGGAAGAGACAGUGUCCCAUUUGAAUUCUGAGGUACAGAGGCUGUCCUCAGAGUUUAAGACAUUGCUAAGUGAAAAAGAGCAGAUCAUUCUUGAUCUAAGAAGCACAUCGACAACAGAGAUUUCCAGCAUGAGUGAAACCUUAAAGGCCAAAGAUCUAGAGAAUGAAAACCUAAAGCAACAGUUGGCCAACUUGGAAGAGUCCGUCUCUGUACUGAACGCUAACCUAACUGCUGAGUCUGGAGAGGUAGCAAGACUCAAAGCAGUUCUGGAAGAAAGUGGGAACACCAUGGUGGACCAAACCAAGACUCUCCAGGAUCUUCAGAGGAAGGUUGACGAGGCAGCUUUGUUCAAAGAUCAGUUCAAGGAAAGUACAGAACUAGUGUCUCAGCUGCAAGGCCAAAUUCAGGGGCUCCAAGAGGAAUUGUCCAGGCUUUCUACAGCAGUAGAAGAAAAGCAAAGUGCCUUAACUAACCUUCAGGACAAGUUUGCCUCCCAAGUAGAAGAACUGCAUGAAACAAAGACUUUGAUCUCCCAAAAGAGUGAAGAAAUACUAAACCUUAAUCAGGUAAUCAGUGAACGUGAUGAACAAGUUCAUGCUGCAGAAAACAGCAUCGCAACUCUUAAACAGGAGUCGCUGCUGUUGCAGAACGAGAUCCAACAGUUGCAAGCCUUGAAUGCCAACAUCUCUAAACAAAAGGACGAUUCGUUAGCUGCCCACCAAAUGAACGCUGACUGCCUCACUGUUGAAAUUGAGAGGCUAAAAGCACAGCAUCUUCAAGUUGCAUCCCAGGUUAAUUCUCUAACCGAGAACCUUGAGCAAAGGGAACUAGCACUGCAUGCUAUUAACAGUCAGUAUACUGCUCAGGUAAAUCAUACAGAAAAGGUAGUGUCAGAAAUGCAGAAACUCAACGAGCUGAACAGGAAACUUCAAGAAGAAAAUAGUUUGACCAAGCAGCAGCUAGAACAAGCCUACAGUGAAAGAUGCCUAAAGGAAGAGGAGGUCAACAGAUUGGUUCUGGAAAAAGAGGAGCUGACUAAGAACUACCAGAUUCACAAGCAGCAGGAACAGCUCCAGUCCAGUAGCAUGAAUGAAGUGGUGGAGAAAAUGAAGGCAGAGACGGAGCAGCUCCAGGUCCAGGUUAGUGCCAAAGACGAACUAAUCACCGGAUUGAAAUCCGAAGUUCACAGAAUUGAGCAAACUCUUCAGGAAUCUGAGAAAGAGUGGCUGUCUGUUCUCGAUAGAGAAACGCAAGCUAAAAAUGUCCUUGUCGAGCAGCUCCAAGGAAUUGAAAAUGAACUGCUGACCAAAGACAGUAAAGUGCAUGCCCUUAAACAGGACUUAGAUCGUUUAAAUGAAAAAUUGGCAGAAGCUACAUUGGCCAUUAAACAAGGCUCUGAAAAGCUUAAAGAAAAUGAGUUAGAUGCUUUGGCGAGUAGAGGCAAAUUAGAAGAGAUUUUAGCCACUGUUCAGGCCAAGGAUAAUGAAAAUAUUGAGUUGAGACAGGCCCUGCAUGAUAUGGAAGUAGAGUUUAAGACAGUAGAGGAAAGCCAACAGUGUACUCAGAAAGAUUUAUCGCUUUUGACUCAAUCAAUGUCUGAUAAAGUAGUGUCUUUAGAGGGAGAGAGGGCAUCUCUCCAAGCUACAAUUAAAGUGUUGGAAGAAAACAGUCAAUCUGAGGUAGUUUCACUUAGAACAGAAUUAGAUCAACUUCGCACAGAGCUAGAACACAAGCAAGAAGAGUGCGUAGAACAUGAACGAGACAAUAAAGAAAAGAGUGAGAAGAUUAUAUUAUUGACUGAAAGUAUUAACGCUGUCCAAGAAAAGCUAGCAGCAGCAGAAUCCUCAAAAGGAGAAAACCUAAUAGAGGCCAAUCUCAAACACAACACACUUCUUUCUGAAAUUCAGACGAAAGAAGAACAGAUCAGUAUUUUGACCAUUCAGAUCAGUCAGCAGAAAGAAUUACUGACCGGACUCAGCCAGCAGCUCAAAGAGAAGGAUGCCUCAGUAAUGCAGGUAGUUACUUCUGCCUCAAACGAAAGGAUAAAACAUGAGGAACAACAGAACAAUCUGCUUGUACAAAUUGAGGAGACAAAAGGAAGCUUGUCACUUUGUCAAAGUCAACUGGAAAAUACAGAAACUGAACGAAAGACUCUGGCCAAAGACCUGGAUGAUCUUAAAUCAGAUUUCAGCAGAGUAACAAAAGAAAAGGAAGCCCUAAAGAAGAAGCUUCAGGCUGCACUUGUUGUCCGAAAAGAAUUGCUAAAGAAAAUAGAAGAGUAUGAGAACCAAACUGAGCAGAAUUCAAAGAAUGGACUGGAAAUUUCUGCCAUGCAGGAGAAAUUGGACAAAUUGAUGGAACAAAAGGAGUCUGUAACAAAAGAACACAAUGCCGCUGUUUCUGAUCUGAUUCAUCAACUCGAACAAAAAGACUGCAAAAUCAGUGAGCUGUCUUUGCUGAUCUCAGAAAAAGAUCAGACCAUUGCAAAGCUGGAAGAAGAUACAUCUUGUUUCCAAACCAGGUUAAAUGAUCAGGAAGCGAAUUUGACUGACGCACUUCUGAAACUCAACGAACAGAAGGACUUAGUCAAUCAGCUUCAAAUUACCAUUAACGAAAAGGCUGUUGCUUUCGAACAAGAGAAGCAUGAGCUGCUAAUAAAACUGGACCACCUUAAAGAAAACCUUGUGACAUCAGAUGAAAGCGUAAGGAAAGAGACCUCAAAUCAUAUUGAUGAGCUUGAAAAAGAGUUGGCCAAGCUCAAACAGGAGAAAGAAGCUCUUCAUAAGAAAGCCCACGCUGCAUUGUUGGCGCGCAGGGAAACGUUAAAGAAAUCUCAAGAAAGUGAGAAAAAGUACAGUGAAGAGCUUUGUAAAAUCCAGGGCAAAUACAAAACUCUCCAGGAGCAACAUAACCAGCAAACUGACGAACUCCAUGCAGUUAGGAUGAGCUAUGAUCUCAAGGUUCAAGAGCUUGAAGAUGUCCUUAAGGGAUCCAGAUCUCUGCAGGAAGAGGUAGAGAGCUUACAGAGAAAUGCAGAGGACCAAGAGAAAAUCCUGCAAAGGUUAAGAGAGUCUUUGGCCAUGCAGGAAACCCAGUCAACAAAAGUAUCCUCUUCACUUCUUGAAGAGCUGGAGUGUCUUAAACUGAACUUUGACAAGAUGACAUCAGAAAUGUCCGAUAAAGAGCGAUUGCUGAUUGAAGCACAAGACCGAUCCAAAGAAGUUGCUAAUUUGAGAUCAGAACUUGAAGAAGCCGUUGAACAGAUUGAUAAGCAGAAAGAGGAAAUCGUAAGGCAGCAGAGUUACAUUGAGACAGCUGAGCAGCAGCUUAAACAGCUGCAAGAAGAGAGAGUGAAGCUACAGUCAGAGCAUCAAAAUCACUUGGACACACUUAACGCAUCUGUUGAAGAGAUUACGUCUAGUUUGAAGGUUGCUGAGAAUGCCAAAUGUCAGACAAUCCAAGAGAUGCAGAAACAAAUCGAACGUCUUGUUGAAGAAAGGGACCUUGUAAAAACGAAAUUGGACUCUGCGUUGCAAGAAGUCACUCAGAAAGCAGAAGAACUUUCUUCUCUGCAGAACACAUUAACUCUCGCACAGCAGAAGGUUUCUCAGCAACAUUUUCAGUGGCAAGAAUCAAGACGCGAAGUUGAGCAGUUGAUUGUACAAAUGGAAACUCUACAGAAAGAAAAAGAGAAUUACAUCAUGGACUUUGAGAAAUCCCAACAUCUUGUUGAACAUCUUGAAUUACAGAUAAAGAAACUUGAGGAACAAAACACAGAAACAGAGUUACGGGAUUCAACAGACAAGAGAUCCUCAAUAGCCCUUGAAUCGUCUAUAGAGUCCACUAUAGAGCUUGACUCCUCUAAAGUCACCUCUAGCCAACAAGAAAUAGACGGAAAAGAGAGUAAUACAAGGCUGUUGGAGUUCCAGGCUCUUCUCACAGAGAAGGAGGAGCUUAUAUCUGCCCUAGAACAGCAACUUCAGCGACAGAUUCACCUCCAUGAAGUUGAGAUGGAGAAAAUGAGGAUUGAAGUUAGUGAACUUCAUCGAAAACCAGCUGAAGCUACAGAAAACAAGUCAGUAGAGCAGCUAACAAAGAAGCUUCAAGCAGCCUUAAUUUCCCGGAAAGACCUAAUGAAAGAGAAUCGGUCCUUGAAGGAAGAAAUGCAGGAGCUGACAGCGCAAAGUGAGAAAAUGCAAGCAGAGAUGUCCUCUCUUGAACAAGUAAUUUCUGAAUUGAAACGACACAAGGCAGAUCUCGAGAGUCGAGUUUCUGGCCUGAGCGUUGAAAGGCAGACCCUUUCCACAGAUGUGGAUCGAAUUCUCAGCGAUAAUCACAACCUGUCAGCAGCCUGUGAAAGCCUUAAACUCACUAUCGAGAACAUAACCCAACAGAAGCAAGCCUUUUCAUGCCAGCUCGAGUCCCUGAAAGACUCGCAGACAGAAGAGCUGUCCGAAUGGAAAUCCAAGCAUGCCGAUUUGAAACAGGAGUACGAGUCUCUUUUGCAAGCGUAUGAAAAUGUUGGCAGUGAAAUGGAUAAGAUGAGGCAGCUUCUCGAAGGGGCGAAGAGAGAACGUCAGGAAGCUCUUUUGAAGGCUCAUAAAUAUGAAUCAGAACAGGAGAGUUUUGGAAAGCACAUCGCUGAACUGGAGGACGAGAAUGACAAGAUUAAAGAAAAAAUGAGGAAGUUUGCCAAGUUAAAGCAACAAAAGAUUGAAGAACUUGAAGAGGAAAACGAGAAGAUCAGACAAGACCUGAUCUCAUUUGAUGACAAACAGAAAUGCGCUGUGGAUGAACUGACCCUGAAAAACAGUCAGCUGGAAAGUGAAAUAAAGUCUCUGCAAGAAUUAUCUGAGGACCUCAGAGUGAAGAUGAGUGAACUUCAGCAGGAGAACCAGAACCUGGCACAGGAACUUAAAGAAACAACCUUGUCCCUCGACAAGUGGCACAUGGAAUCAAAAGCAAGUGAAAGCAACCUGCAUCUCAAACUCAACGAAGCUCUGAAUUUGAACAGUAACUUCACUGCCCAGAUUGAGGCUCAGAAAGCUGAUCUUGCUGCACAAAUUGAAUUGGUGGAGUCUGUACAAAAGGAGAAGUUGAAUCUGUCAGAGAAACUGAAUCAGGCAAAUAAAGACCAUGAGGUUGAACUCGCUGAGAGGGAUGAAACAAUAGGAGAACUCAGAAAUGUGAUUGAAGGAAACAGACAAGAAACCAUAAGCCUAAAUGAAAAGGUUCGGAUUUUGGAAGAUGACAAAUGCCUAUUGCAAGAGGAACUAGAGAACGUCCAAGAGACGUCUGAUAAGGUGAAAAAUGAAAAUGAGUAUUUGGAAACGGUGCUUCUGAAGAAUUCUGAAAGAAUCGACGAGUUGACUGAGGCUGUGAAUGUCUUGCAAGCACAGAACAAGCAACUAUCAUCUCAGCUGAUGGAAGUCAAAGAGGAGAAGGUGGAAGUUUGCAGAGAAAAGGAAGAGCAGAAUCUGAAACUUGUGAAAGAAUUCGAGGGCAAACUCAAAGCACUACAAAGAGGCACAGAAGGCUCCAAAAAUAUCAAGAAGGAACUUCAGGAACUUUUAAAAGAAAAGCACCAAGAGAUCAACCAACUGCAGCACGACUGUAUCAAAUACCAGGAGCUGAUCUUGAACCUGGAAAGGUCUUUAAAGCAGUCUCAGACUGAGUGCCAACAAGUGGAAAAGGAGCUCCAGGAAAUGAGCAGGAAGGUCAUAGAUUUGCAGAAAGAGAAUGGCAGUCUUGAUAUGGAGCUUAAAACACUCAAAAAUGUCCUCAAUGAUACCACAAAAGAAUUGACCAAAGUAACUUCGGAAAAAGACAGGCUCCUCCAAGAACUUGCCCAGAGGCAGCAACAGUCAGAGUUGGAGUCUGCAGAGAAUGAGAAAUCUUUAGAGAAACUAGCCGACCAACAGCAAGCUCUUCUUAAAGAACAACGGCUAGAACUGCAAAAACAGAUCAGUGACCUGAAAGACCAGAAUGAAAGGGACAUCAAAGUCAUUACUUCACUACAGAAGCAGGUCGAGUCCAAAGCUUUGCAAAUCAAAACUUUGCAAAGAGAAGCCGAAACCAAUUUGGCCAAACUAGCCAUGCUCAGUGUAGACCCAAGCAAGAGUGAUGCUGCAAAACAGUGGGACGGUGUGUUUCAAAAAGCCUUGCAGGAUAAAGAUAGCCAGCUUCUUGAGCAAGGCUUUGUUAUAACACGUCUGUUAGAGGACAACAGAGUUAAAGGCAGAGCUCUAAAUGAUUUGCAGAUUACCAACAAGAAAUUCGAGAGAAUGUUGAAUGAGUAUUCAGUAGCAGCUUCAGCACAUCAGAGGCAAAUCUUUGUUAUGGGUGCAAGCAAUACCGAACUCAACCAGAACCUUGAAAUACUCUCUAAACAGUCAAACGAGCAGAGUGCCUUGAUUGAGAGGUUAGAAAACGAUAAAAGUACUCUAGUCAAACAAUUAGAUGAAGAAACAUAUUCAGUUUCCCAACUAAGGUCAAGUCUUGAGCAUUCAGAAAUGAUGUUGGCAGACACCCAGUCUCAGCUCCUUUCAGUCCAGUCUCAAAACAGUAAGCUUCAAGUCGACCUAGAGAAACAAGGUGCAAUUGCAUUGCAUUUGAAAUCUCUGCUUCAAAGCAAAGACAAAGAAAUAUCGUCUUUGCUGUCCUCUAAAGAUGGGCAGGUCUCCGGAUAUCUGGAGCAGCUUCAGGCAAAUCAUCGUUCUCAGGUGGCCAGAUACGAGGACCAAUUAAAUGAACUGUACGCGAAGCAAGAGAGUGCAGAGAAAGAGUUGAGGUCAUCAGAAAGCAAACUUCGAAAUCUCCAGGCCAGAUUAGACAGAUCUGCUCAGGAGAAGGAACAAAUGGCCUCAACUAUUAACUCCUCAAGGAGCUCAAUUGUGUCUUUGCAAGCUGAGAAGGAGAGACUGGUGACAGAAGUCAACCAGAACAAGGCAAGGGUUCAAGACGGCUCUGCAGAAGGAAGCUUGGGUGCGACCAAGAGUCUAAAAGAAGAGAUCAAGACUCUUCUCCAUCAAAUGGAUGACGUGAAUUCUGAGAAUGCCAUGCUCAAAGCACAGCUCAUCAGAUACAGGGAGGAUCUGAACCAGGUGUUGUCACUGAAAGACAACCAACUGAAGGAUCUUCUCAAAAAGCAGCAAGAUUCAAUCAAAAACUUGGAAAACCAAAAACGAUCAGCUGAAACCCAGCAUCGCAACGCUCUUCUGGAGGUGCAGAAGGAAGGGGAGGAAAUCAAAGCCUUAAAAGAUGAAAAUACAAAACUACAGUCUCAGGUACAGGAGCUGGAGGACAGUUCAUUGGCCUUACAUAAAGAACGAAUGGAGAUGAACGAGAGCAAAGUGAUCGCUGACCUGCAGCAGGCUGUGGCAGACAAAGCUUCCGAAUGUAAUGAACUCCAGCAGAAACUGCUCGCCCAGAAGAUGGCUACAGAUGACUUGAACAAGAGCCUGAAGGAAACUAUAAAGGAUUGCGAUCGGAAAUUAGCGGAGGCAGAGGAAAAGUACAAUAAAGAACUGGACAGAAUUGAACGUGAGGUUGACCUGAUGAGAAAUGAGAGAGAAACUGCUGAGCAGAGAGUUGCAGACUUGGCCAGAGACUUGAUGCAGAUGGAGCAGCAGUUAUUAGAAGCGACGAGUCACAACAAGAACCUGAAAUCGCAAAACGAGUCACUUGGGAAAGCCAUGGCAGCGCUGCAGAACGAUCGAGAUCAGCUCAUUGAGGAUUUUAAGGUUUUACGCAGCAGGUACGAUGAGGAACUCAGGGAAACGACAGCAUCCAUGAAUCGAUUCGAGAGACAGCUUAAUGAUGCCACUGCAGAACUGUCGGCCAUCGCUACAGAGAAGAAUGUAUUGGUCCACAAGCUUCUGGCAUUUGAAAGCGCCAAUCCACACCUUCAGUUAUCUGGGCUGGUGAGUGACCUCUCACGAGCCAUUUCAGAAAAAGAGGCAGAACUUAAGCAACUCUCGCUGGAGAACAACUCCUAUAGCAGACAGGUUACAGCAUUCUCCAAAGCCAUGGCCAGUCUGCAGACUGACCGAGACAGGCUGGUGGAGGAGCUCAGAAAGUCCAAGAGGGAAUUUGAGGGCAAACAACAGUCGAAUCCUGAUACGGUCACUCCGAUCAAAGAGGAAGAAUCGAAUAGCCUUAGUGUUGAUGCCCUACAGACUGAGAGAGAUGGCCUGCGAAAGGAGGUAGUGAACUUGAGAUCCCAGAACACUGAGCUUGUGGAGCUGAAGCAGAAGUAUGAUGACCAGCAGAGGGAACUCCAGCAAGCAAAGGCCUACAAGCUGCAGUGUGAGAAGGAUAUUAGCGGGUACCAGGCAGAACUGGCAGAUCUGAGGUCUGAGAGGAGCAAACUGCUGUAUGAAUGUCAAGCCCUCAGAGAGGCCAACAAGUUGUCAGCAGCUCUUGCAGGUAAAGAGGUUUCUUCAGAGCAGUUGAUUCAGCUGCAGACGGAGAGAAUUCAGCUUCAGGCUCACCUGCAGCGCUGCCUAGUGGAGAUCCAGCAGAGGGACCUGGGCUUUCAGCAGCUCAACGUUAAGCUUCAGCAGGCUGUAGAGGAGAAAGCUGCAGUGUCGGCUCAGUUCAGAGCCGUAUCUCAGACUCUCAGAGACACACAGCUGAGCCUCAGUGAGCUGCAGAACCGCUGCUACUGGCUCGAGAACCAACACCAUGCACAGCUCCCACAGUCACAGCAGGGCUCAGUUCAUGUGGAAGUAGCUCCAGGAGCUCCUCAGGAAAGAAGCAAUUCUGUGGCUGAUCUGGACGGACUGGACAUCCGAGAACUCAGGGGAAGGCUGACUGAAGCAGAGCUCCAGCUUGACUCCGCCCAGCAGAAUGUGUCUCAGCUCAGUGAUAGGCUGAAGGAGGAGAGGGCCAGACGGGAGGCGGCUGAGGAGGCUCUGGGAUUGGCUGAGCACAGAGUAAAGAGUAUGGAACCCAGCCCGUCCAGAUCAUCCCAGAGAGACUUCAGUAUCCAGCUGGAGACGGACGAGGAGUGGGAGGCUUUGAUUUUAGAUCCUAACCAACACCUGCUCAUGCGCAAGAUGAAGAGCGGAGUGCAUUCCUGCAGACGCUGGCUGAGAGGCCGCAGUUUGUACUGCACUAAAAUGCUGACGUCCAGGGCCAAGUCUCGCUACUUCUUCAUGGCUUAUCUUCUCACCCUCCACAUCCUGGUCUUCAUGUGCGUCGCUGGUGCACUGUAGAGGAUUUAAUGCGCGUGGACCACAGCUUGAGCUUCAUCCUGCAGCAGAAGCUUCCUAACCUCUCCAGCUCCUGCACCUGCUUCAGAAAGUGUUGGACGGUUUGUAUUUUCCAGUGCUGAAGCAGCAACUGGAUUCAUAUAGGGCUGAGAACAUCAUUUACAUUAAGACUGAAAUGUCGUGUAUAUAUGUCAUAAUGUUAGAUGACCCAACCAGUGUCAUACAUUGGUGUAUUCUGAAUAUAGUAUAUGACAUGGUUAAAGAAAAUGGCCAGUUUUCUAUACAAUAUAAUGGAUCUAAGCAUUUAUUCUUCCAAACACAAACGCACACACACACACACAGUCACCUGUUCAGAGGCCAGCAUGUUGCAUAUUUGGCCUUUUUCAAUAUCCAUAUCUCAAAAAAUUAACUGUAUAGCAAAUCUAAAGUAGUGAAUAAAGCUCUAUAGUAGUAUAGUAGAUGUUGAGGAUUAAUGGAACUGGAGGUCUAAAGUCAAAAACUCUUUGAAUGUAGUCAUUGGGUUCAGUUUGAGGUACAUUCCUUAUAAUAAAGGAAUAAUCAGCGUUUUUCAUCCUAAUUUAUUUGCUGCUAAUCGUUGCCAGCAUACAAAAAAACUCAGUUUCUGCUCUUUUUUGACAUAAUUUGACAUACUAUGAAUCUGGCAGUGUUUUUUCCAAAAUUCACUUCAAAGUUUUUUCCCUUUUACGUCAAAGAUUCUAUUUGGAGAUAUUGAUAGAUAUGAAAAAAUAGAAUUUGAAAAUCAUUUGAACCAGAACUUUUAAUAGAAGUCGCUGGACACUUGCCAGUUGGGUAGAGCCCAGUGCCCAUCUGUUCAUCGGCUUCUAUUAUUAUUAGGAGACAACAGGUUGUAAGUAGCUGAAUAAAGCUGGACUCUCUCUUUGGUUCACUGUAGAGCGUAAAUUAAAACCAAUACGUGCCCAAUAAAUUAAGUUAAAUUGUGUUUAAUUGAGUUUAAUUUAGUUUAUUUCAAGUUUAAUGGCUUUUCUAAUAUAAUAGGCUUUUACAUAUGUUCAGACUGCAGGCAAAUCACAUUUGUUUCUUAAAUUAGAUCUGUUAAAUUUUUAUUUUGAGAUUUUUAUUUUUUCUCUUAUUUUUGUGAGAGAUCAGUUGGGAUUUGCAUGUCUGUGCAUCACAAACAUAUCUGCAUUGAGGUCAUUAUUUGUCGAUCAAAGUGUUUAGUGUUAGGGGUGGGACAAUAUAUCAAAAAUAUAUAAAUCUAUUAUUUUGUUUGAUUAUAUUUUAAUGUCCUGAUUCAAUUCAGAUAUACUAAAUUCAGAUUUAGGCUUGCAGUCUGAACAUAGCCAUUCUGACCAUGGUAGUACCAUAAAUCAUAUAUUACAGAUAGAGCAACUACAGUUUAAAUUUAAUUGUAUUUUAAUUUAAGUUAAACGCUGGAGUUCUCCGUAAUCCAACACUAUAGAUGUGAAUUUAAGCCAUUAAACUGAGCUGGAAGAGUGCAUGAAUGCAUGUUAAGCUGUUUUUUAAAACAGGUGAUACUGGUUAAACUGGUGAUACUAGUAAAAUAGUUAUGCUAGUUAUUUAGAAAAGGCUAAACAGGCUAAACACAUCAUUAGCACAUGCUGUGCACACAUUUCCAUAUGCUGUCUACAUCUGUGCUGCUUAUACCCUUAGACCCACACAAACUGCGUACACCAAAUAACUUGAAGCCACACACACACACACCCAUAAACGCACUUGUACACACACACACGUGUACCCACUAGUAUAACUCUCACACAUUAUUCAUGUUUGCUGCUGAUGAGGCUAUGCACUGAACUGUGUGUGUGUGUGUGGGGGGGGGGGGGGGGGUGUUCAUGUGGGUGUGUGUGUGUGUUUGUGUGUGUUGAUAUGAUGAGAGAGAAAAAAUCUCAGAGAACGUUAAUCAAUUUCACAACAGAUGAAUCUUUGUGAGAGUUGAGAGAGCUGUAUGCUGUAAUUCUGAAGUGUGUGUAAUAUAUAAUAAUAAUAAUAAUUAUAACGAGGAGGUGAUAUUUAAUGCACUAUGUGAUGUAUGUGAAUGCGUAAAUACAUUUUGUGCCUGAUACCUGUGCAUUCCCAUUGUACGUUACUUUAAAUACUUUAAAUACUUUAAAUACAUGUAUUUAUCACUCAUCUACAUGCAUACACUGAAAUGUACAGCCUCAGCGUAGUCCAUAGCACUUUCUUACCCUUUAUACCUGCCUAUGAUAUUGACUGGGCUGUAAAUGCUGGGGGCCAUGCUUUGCUGGAAGCUGCUUUUUUUAAGGAGUGUGUGUUGUGCUGUGUAACAAUGUGGGUCUUAGGACAGGUUAGCAUUAAGAGUUCCAGUUAAAAAUUCCUGCAUAAUUCAGUGUUUGAGAUGAACCAGUUGAAAUUGGGUUUCUUCACAGUGGUGAUCAAUUCAUCCUAGCCAAUCAAGCAUUUUUUUUUCUAAAAAACCAAAAGGAUAAUGGUUGUAGAAACAAAGAAUCAUAUUGUUAUGCUUAAUUGGUUUGUGUAUAUAUUGUUGAUAUUGGUAAAAAAAAAAAGAAGUGAAAAUCAACUAUUUUUGAGUAUUUUUUGCCAUAUAACUCCUUAUGUGUAUCCCUUUAUCAUUUUAAUGGAGUUUAAUUAUUUUAAAAACAUGUUUUAGACCCCAAAUAAUCUGAAACCUCAACCUCUGUUCACCACCACUGUGAAUUAUUCAGAGUGUUAACAGAACACCAAAUCCACUAAAUAACUAAAUGUUCACAUCUUAACCAUCUAAUUAUGUGGAAAUUUGUAAAAACAAGUGACAUAAAUGACAAUGUCAUAAAUGUCAUAAAUGUGAAAAGAUUCUAACAGACAGAAUGAAUUAAAAGUGAAUUAAAUAGCCAACUAUUUGCAUUAAGCUUGUAAUAUCAUGGCAAAUGGUUAAAUCUUUAAGCUUUCAGUGAAUUAUUUAUAUCAAGCGUUAUUAGCUUUAGCAUGUUAGCUCGAGCUGUUCCUCUAAGGCUGGUGAAUGCAUGGAGCGAGAUGCAUUAAACAUCAGUGUUUUCCAGUAUCCAUAUUGGGUACCACUUCACUAGAUCGGGAAUUGAACCAGAGUUUCCCACAUGAUGCAGCAGCUCACAAGCAACGAGCGGUGGUGUUAUCCACUGCGCCGCACCAACCACAUCAUGGAUAAACCUGAACGAAAUGACUCAAUAGCUAAAAACCUUAACUAAACAAAAUGUUCUCAUUGUAAACCAAGAAACCCCAGAAAACCCAUUAAAAUAUAUAUAUAUAUAUAUAUAUAUAGUGCUUAGAAGCACCAAGCAUAUUUAUGGGCGGAGCCUAGGACAAUGGCACGAUUGGAUGAUUGGUAAACACUGGUUGAUGCUAUGCUACUGCGUAUGUGUGUAUGUGUAAGUGUGUGUGUAUAUACUCUGCAGAUAUGUAAUUUAAUUGAUUUCACCGCUGUUGUAAAGUACUAUAAUAUCCUCUGAUUGUUUACAAUGCUGAUUUACUGUAUAAAUGCUGUUUGCCCACAGUAGCCCCGCCCCCUGGCUUCUGUGUUACUGAUCUGUACAUAUAAGGAAUGAGGAGGAUUGAUCUGGAUGUAAAUGAGAGAUAAAAGAACUACUGAGUGCGUUCACAUUGUCUAUUUUCUACAUAGGGUCUAUUUUUGAGCAGAAUCUCUAGACUCAGAUGAUGAAACUGUUUCAGUCCAUCGCUCGCUGGGCUGAAGCGCGUGUGCAAUAAAUGGGAGUUUGUUUUGGUUUUUCUGUUUUUUUUUGUUUUGGUUUUGUUUUAUUUGUUUAUUUGUUUUUUCCUCUCUGGACUGGAUGUGUCAAAAGAAGUGAUUUUAAUAAACUUAUUUGAAAACA